UAGAUUAGCAAAUUUAUUAUAUGGAGCGGGGAUCUCACUUCCAUCUAGUGAGUAAAUCAUUCCCUCCACAUCUCGUGAAUACUCAUUCUCAUACGUCAUUAAUCCGUUCUUAUUCCCGAAUCUCAUUCCCGCUCCAGUACAGACGCCCCCUUAGUUUCAUAUAUCAUUCACAAAUCACACCCCAUUGCAAUCAGACAAGAAUCUCUAGGACGAACCACAUUUUGUCUCGAAAAGGGAUUCUUCAAUUUAUUAUGCGCCUUUCAUAAACUUAUUCUUAUAUUUAACCAUUCUAUGCACACAAUGCUGUGGCUACUAGACAUGCAUGUGUGUGUGAAUCUAUAUUAUUAAGCCUCAUGCACAAAGAGGCUGGCGCUGUUCCUUCACUUGCGAUCCUUUGUCGAAUUCAGACUCCUUUUUUCACUAUACUACCUUCUUUAUAACUCAGCAUUUGCUUAAAACUCUCUUUCUUCUUAACUUUGUUCUCUCACUUGGUUACUUCAAUUUGUCUUGUGGAUAGCUAGCAAUGAUCACUGGAAAAGAUAUCUACGAUGUUCUUGCCGCGAUUGUGCCUCUCUAUGUGGCCAUGUUCCUGGCCUAUGGCUCUGUCCGAUGGUGGAAAAUCUUCACCCCUGAUCAGUGCUCUGGAAUUAACCGCUUCGUGGCUGUGUUUGCAGUUCCUUUACUUUCAUUCCACUUCAUUUCAGAAAAUGACCCUUACGCGAUGAACUAUCAUUUCAUUGCUGCUGAUUGUUUACAGAAGGUUGUCAUUCUAGUAGCCCUUUUUAUAUGGCAAACUUUUAGUAAAAAUGGCAGCUUGGAGUGGAUGAUCACUCUGUUUUCUUUAUCCACUCUGCCGAACACUCUUGUCAUGGGAAUCCCCCUUCUGAAAGCUAUGUACGGAGAUUUCUCGGGGGACCUAAUGGUUCAAAUUGUGGUUAUGCAGAGUGUGAUUUGGUAUACUUUGAUGCUCUUCAUGUUUGAGUACAGGGGUGCAAGGCUUCUUAUUUCUGAGCAAUUUCCUGAGACGGCUGGUUCGAUCACUUCUUUUCAUGUUGAAUCGGAUGUGGUUUCGUUGAAUGGACGGGAGCCUCUGGAAACGGAUGCAGAAAUUGGAGAUGAUGGCAAGUUACAUGUGGUGGUGAGAAGGUCUAAUUGUUCAUCAAGGUCUGUGAUUUCUUAUAACAAGUCCCAUGCAAUGAAUGAAAUGACUCCGCGAGCUUCCAACUUGACGGGUGUGGAGAUUUACUCGGUUCAGUCUUCGCGAGAGCCUACACCGAGGGCCUCAAGUUUUAACCAGAAUGACUUUUAUGCUAUGUUUGCAAGUAAAGCUGCGAGUCCUAAGCAUGGUUACACGAACAGUUAUGGAGGAGGAGGGGAUGUUUAUUCUGUGCAAUCGUCGAAAGGUCCCACACCAAGAAUAUCAAAUUUUGAGGAGGAGAUGUUGAAGAUGGGAAAUAGUGUUAACAAUACUAAGAGCAAAAGGCCUGGUGGAAGGAGUAUGAGUGGUGAAUUGUUUAACCAUGGGAGUUUAGGAUCUUCGUAUCCGCCUCCAAAUCCGAUGUUUACAGGGACCACGCAAGCUAAGAGGAAGGAAAGCGGUGGAGGGACAGGGACUAGUAGUACGCCUAAUAAGGAGCUUCAUAUGUUUGUUUGGAGCUCAAGCGCAUCUCCUGUCUCUGAAGGGAAUUUAAGGAAUGCUGUAAAUAGAGCUGCGGCUACUGAUUUUGGAGUUGUUGAUUCUUCUAAGGCUGUUCUUCAACAAGAAAUUGCUGCUUCUAGAGCCAAUGCAAUGAAUGAUUCGAUAGAACAUGCAAGUCCUGCUGGAAAAAUGAAUGGAGAACUGAGAGAUCAGGUUGAGAUAGAGGACGGAACUGCAUCAAAAUUCGGGAUGCCAUAUGAUACGAUGCAGAAGAAGGUAGGGAUCGAAGGAGGCCAGAAAAAUCACCAGAUGCCACCUGCAAGUGUGAUGACAAGGCUCAUUCUUAUUAUGGUUUGGCGAAAACUUAUCCGAAAUCCUAACACUUAUUCCAGCCUUCUAGGCCUCAUUUGGUCUCUGGUAUCAUUUAGGUGGAAUAUCAAGAUGCCUACCAUUCUAAGUGGAUCCAUAUCAAUACUAUCAGAUGCAGGUCUGGGAAUGGCUAUGUUUAGUCUAGGGCUAUUCAUGGCAUUGCAACCAAAGAUAAUAGCCUGUGGAAAAUCUGUUGCCACGUUUUCAAUGGCAGUGCGGUUCUUAACAGGUCCGGCAGUUAUUGCAGCAACCUCCAUCGCUAUUGGCCUCAGAGGUGUUCUUUUGCACGUUGCAAUUGUGCAGGCGGCUCUUCCCCAAGGAAUCGUUCCUUUCGUAUUUGCCAAAGAAUACAACGUCCAUGCUGACAUACUUAGCACUGCGGUUAUAUUCGGAAUGCUGAUUGCCCUCCCCAUAACAAUACUAUACUACGUGCUCCUCGGAGUGUAACUGCAAAGAAAGCAGGGGAGAUGGACAGAUCAUAACACAAAUCAAGACAUUCGACUAAGACUUCAGAAGAAGAUCACAAGGAUGCAAUAGUUUGAUUAUAGGACAAUAACCAUCAGAUUAAGUGCAAUUAGGCCUUCAAUUUAAUUUUUUUCAAGAAUGCUAACUUAUCACUCACGUACUGAUCUGCAUGUGAUCUCGGAGGAAUAUACUAAUACCAUUUGCUAGCUGCAUUAUUCUAUUGCUUCCUCUGGCUCUACGUCGAUCUCUUCUCUUGGAUUUCAAAUUUUACGGUAUCUUAUUAUAGUGCAACUUCUGAGAGAGUGACAGAUCUAGAUCUUAGAAUUUAGGCAGCGGACAAAUCUGCAGAACUAAUGUAUGAAUUCAUUAUUCAUGUACUGGGAAAUGCUUACUGCAAUUUGCAUAAAUAAUGUGAUUGUUUGUUUGUAGCUCCAGCUUUGCUUGUAUCCAAAAUUUAUAGAACUUACUAGCCUCAUA